AUGACCGACAACGAGAUGCGCUUGCGCCUGGUCGUGCGGCGCCACGGGAUACCAGAAGCUCGAUUUAUGUGGAAUGUGCGGCUCGAGAACGAUCCCACCAUAGCCCGCCUGCUCGAGCAGCUGAACGAGGACGUGCCGCUGGAAGGCGGCCAAUGGGGCAUGGAGGACUACGUCGUAGAGCUCCAUGAUGACGACGGUACAAACUACGAGUGUCUGCACUUCCAGUCGGUGCGCAGUCUGUUGAAGCCAGACGACCGGGUAUUUGUUCGACCGCUCGAUACAGAUGAUCAUCGGCGCCGGCGCAUCAGUGGUCGACACCAGAUCUCCUCGGAUGGGAAACAUCUCAUUGACGGCGUCCCGUUUGGUCGACCUCGUCUGAAGGCCCCUCGCGGUCGACCUCCGAUCCAUAUCCCACCCCUCAAGCGACCUCGACUCACCUACCAUGAGGACGACGCACCGGCACACGCGCAAGUGGCUCAGCGCCAAGAUACACCGAUGCUGUUUCUGACCAAUGGGGAGAACUCUUCUGAGGCUGGCGUCGACGCCGGAGUCGACGACGCCGAUUCCAACAGCGAUGGCCAAUUUGACUACUCGAGCGACGGGCUGGAGUCAAAUGGCUCCGACUCCGGCUCGAAUGAUGACCAUGUGCAAGACAUAGAGGACCUUCAAGACUCGGGUUCAGACUCUGUCUCAGAUUCGCCGAGCGACGAAGAUUUAGGGCAAGAGGCUCGGGACUUGGCUGAGGAGAACGAUACAUUGGGCGAGAAGGACGCACUGGUACAGAGCCCUGCUGUACACCGUGCCUUAGACCUUGUCACCCUCGAUAAGCUUUCUGCAUUACGAACUGCAUUCCCUUCAGCGUCUGUGGACAUUUGCGAGAAAGUUCUGAUCACCUCCGACGGUGACACCAAAGCAGCAUACGCCGUGCUGGCUCAUGCAUUUGCGCCACAGAUAUCCGAGGCUGCUGCGCUGUCGUGGCCUCACUCAAAGAACAUCACACAACACAAACGCAGGUCGACUAAGAAUUCCAAUCUGUCGAGAGAUCCUGCUACCGUGUGGGGCGGCCUCGAAACUCGCGGUAGGGAGGCUGAGGGGCAAGAUCACCUCGCGGAUGGGGAUGGUGAGGAGGAUGAGGAUGAUGAGGCACGCGAUGCUCUAGUGCGACAGUAUGAUCAUCGUGGGCUCCCUCCUGGAUCAAUUACGUCUGGGAGGGGGCUGACCCAGAUGGCCGCCAUAUCCGCUUCGUUUACUAGCAGUAAACUUGGCGGCGAUAGUGCCGCUACAUCUGCAACCCUUGAUGACAGCAAAAAGAGUCCCGAGAAGACGGCUAAUAAGGAAGACGACGAUACCUCUUCGAGCAGUGGCACAACCUCCAGUUCCGAAAGCGAGAAAUCUGAACAAGACAGUGACGAUGCCUCCUCGUCUCGAGAUCAAUCUGACUCUAGCGAGUCCUCUGAUUCAGAUGAUUCAGAUGAUUCGAAUGAUUCUGAUUCGGAUAGCGAUGACGAAGGCGACUCGAUCGACGAUGACACAGCUGAAGCCCAGGGUCGUCCUCCGUCAAACCAUGAGUGUGAAUCUGACGAGAGCAGUGGUGCAGACAGUGGACCUGAACAGGAGAAGAUUUUCCGCAGCCGCGGCGAUGAUAGCGUAGAUGACGUUGAACGUGAUCCCUCCUUCUCUGGUGGUGUUUCAGAUGAAAUCUCUUCAAGUGAGUCGCACUCAGAGUCAGACCAUCGGGAGGUACCACUGGAAGUGCCCAGUCAGGUCGCUUCGGUUUCCGUUGUUCCAUCUACGAAACUCCAUGCACCUCACGCGUCAAUCAUACAGGGUCACUCAGAUGGGGAGUCCUCCGGGCAUCCUGUACAGUCUCGGACGGUUCCGCCAGGCGCUGGCAAAGAUAGCACUAAGAGCCGCAAUGCUCGUCGAAGAGCUGCUAAGAAAGCUCGAAGGCUAGGUGAGGAGGUUUCGGGAGCAUACUCGACGACCAGCAACCUCCAAGGCAGAGAAGCAGCCGCCGAGAGGGCAGCUGAUGCGGAGGACGCUCUUUUCCAGGCGAAACGAAAGGCUCUGCUAGACGCCAUUUCUAACGGAGGUGUUGAGAUUGGCGUUCAAGGCCACGCUGACCCCGAGGGCGCGCCUACAACCGUGGGGGCUGGCUCGAAACGCAAACGUGAAGAGCAAGGAGAGCCCAGUUCGCAAGCUCAUCUUGAAGUGAUCACCGAUACACCGGAAGAAGCGUCUCUAGCGGACGACUCCCAGUCGUCAAUCUCCGCUCAAAAAAGACGUCGAGUCGACCUUGGAGCUGGACGUCGGCUUCUCUUUGGGGCUCUUGGUCUUCGUACUCCCAAGUCGAAGGAAGACGAAGAGAAGCUCCGUACCAAGCUUAUGAAAGAUGUCCGCCCGAUUCCGAAUCCGGUACUUGGAGAGGAGUCAGUCACGGAACGGCCGGACGGUGGCAUCUCAACGUUGGGCGACCAAGACCCCAGUGCCUGGAAGGACAGAAUCACCUACCGAGCCGUAGAAUGCUGCUCCGGCAAUGUGCAUCUGACUGAGCCACCAUUUCCAUUUGUCCAAAGGUGGGAUCCUCAACAGCAGGGCUCGUGGCCUCGCAAGCAGCACAAGCGUGGGAGCCAAAGCAAGCGCGCGCAACGGAACCAGGCCCAGUAUUACCACGCCAGUAGCCGCCUAGGCAAGAAAAGAAGCUAUGAGGAAUCUGCUGAUUGGGACGGAAAUGGUUUCGAGGACACGUUCAACGGCAUUGACGAUGCGCAUUCCCCCGACGCAGGCAUCCAACUCAACUAUGAUGACGAGGAGAGUCGCAAUCGUCCUGCCAACGACGUGAGUCAGUUUACCGAUAUCGAUGAUUUGCCGUCUCUACCGCGCGAUCUUUCGGCCCUUCCCAUUCUUCGGCCGGGGCAAGCGCGAGCUGGUAUGGUUAUCACUUGGCGAAAGUGGUCGUGUUCGUCGUCGACAAAUUGGCAGCCCCAGCUUUCUAAUGUCACUGCUGUAGUUGUCAGGAUCGAUGACGAUGCUACGGGAUUGGAAGUAUGUCUGGCGAAGAGGGAUCGCCACCUAGACGCAACUGAGAAGCACUAUGAUCAUCAUACUGGUCAACGUAUAUACGACCGAUUUGAGGCACCGGAUUUGGACGAGGAAGACGAUGAUGCCGAGCAGGAAGACGAGGGCUUUCGCACCCUCAGCUUUGCCGAGAUGCAAGAGCCUAGGGUCCUCCAAGAGCCGUUGAGUACGGUGCCCGGCAAUGAUGCCGUCGAGUCUGGUGAAAUUGUCCCAUCGAUUGGUCGUCAUGAUGAAGACGGAACGGGGUUGGCUAUCUCUAUGGGGUCCGUUCGGAAGCCACACACAAACGCCGAGUUAACAGAUGACGUUGAACACGUCAGAGCAGGUCGCCAAUCUGACAAAGCAUAUGCUGAGAAAUCGGAGCACCUUACCUAUGAGCCCACCUCCGAUGCCGCGGCGCGCUCGCUAGGUGGUGGACGUGGACACGGCCUCCAGACCGCUGACGCAUCGAUGUCCAACCUUUCCCAGAUCAGUAGCCCUACUCAGCAGCUUCAAGACACGAUAAGUCAAUCAUUCGGUGUUGGAUCCCCCGACAAGCCUUCCGGCAUUACUGGCAUCAGCGGUGAGACAGGUCUGGAAGCGAACAGUUCGGUGGUAGAUUGUCGUGCCACGCCUGAGAGGGAAUUGUCUUACCCAUCUGUAGGAGAUAGCGAUGAAGCGGACAUCAUUCUUGGCACCCCGAAUGUGAUGCGGCCUAGGGUGACAGUUCCAUCGUUUGUGAGCAGUGUUGUCGGUGGCCGACAGCCAGACUACGGCAUGGAGACGGAUAAUACAGAUCCAUUUCCCUUUGGAAUGACGAGUGAAAAUGAUCAUGGCGUUUCCCCAGUUCUUGGUGACGAAGGCGAACCUAUCAACGCCUUCCAGAGCCGUAUGAUUAUGUCCUCGCUUAGCACUCCUCGUCAUGAUCAGACCACCGCAUCUGCGGGCCGAGAAAGGAACAAGACGAAUGGAUCGCUGGAUAUACGGACGUCCCCGGCAGAUCCCUCAAGUCCGGGGUCAUUGUCAUCAAUCAAUACAAUCUGGUGUACGGCACUUACAUCAAGAAAUACGCAAAGCCAGUCGAAGUCACAAGCUUUGUCUGCGGUAGAAACGCCACAGACUCCUCAAGCUCUGAGAUACUUGGAUUACAACGAUGCGAUGCGCAAGCUUGACAAAUCAUCAAACGAUUUGGACGACUCAAGUUCAGAAGUCGUAGGAAAUGUCAAGGGCCAGUCGAGAGACCUUGAUGUCCCCAUCGUCAAAGAAUGUUCACUUCCGCCACAGCCACGAAUUGUCAGCAUGAUAUCCCCACCACAGGGAAGGCGGCGGUCGUCCAAGCAAGAUUCCCAAUCUACCAUCCCCCCGGGGACCAAAGUUCCUGACCUGUCCUCCGACUCGGAGCCGAGUUUUACCGAGAACUAUGCAGACGAGGAGGUCGAUGAGACCUACUCCCCCAGAUCAGGGGGUCUUCCCGGAGGUAAUGGGUGGAUCGAGAAGAAAGCCGAAGUGCGUCACCAAACACGAAGUUCAACAGCGUCACUGGGAUCGCAGCCAAGAGCGAAUCGGUAUCUUUCUACGCUGCGAGGGCGGAAAUCAGCGUCACCUUCAACCUCGGACGCGAACGUCAGACAAGAAAAAUCUCGCAGGAAGACAAGUGCGAGAUUCUAG